GGGAUAUGCAAAAAUAUUCAGAUUGGCGUCAACUGUGGUACCCAAACUUCGAGGACUUCGCCAAAGCCGAGAACUCCGUUGGGGAUCACAACAAUACCGUGACUAACGUGACUGUGCAGCUGGGAGCGACCGCAUACCUGCAUUGCCACGUCCGCAGCACCAACGACCGAACACUCGCAGGAGCCGAGCAAAUCUCUUGGGUUCGUCGUCGCGACUGGCACAUCCUGUCCUCCGGAAUGUUCACUUACACCAACGACGAGAGGUUUCAAAUUCUGCACGCCGAAGGAUCAGAUGACUGGACUCUACAGAUUAAGUACGUGCAGAAGCGCGACAACGGGACAUACGAAUGCCAGGUAUCGAGCAACGCCGGAAUGAUUUCGCACUUCGUGAACCUGCAGAUCGUUGUGCCGGAGGCGAGUAUACAAGGAACCGGAAGCGGCGAGCAUCACGUGGACGUGGGCAGCGUAAUCGAUUUGGUCUGCAUUAUAGAGAAGAGCCCGACGCCCCCGCAAUACGUGUUUUGGUAUCACAAUGACCACAUGAUAAAUUACGAUACGGCCAGAGGAGGAGUUUCCGUGGAGACGGUGCCCGGUUUGAGGACCCAGAGUCGCCUGGUCAUCAAGGACACGAACGACGCGGAUUCCGGCAAUUACACUUGCUCAGCUUCCAACACCGAACCGGCUUCCAUCUACGUCUUCGUCUCAGAAGGUGGGGGCGACAACGUCGACGCCAUCCUCAUGAGGAAGUCCUGCGCAAUGUGCAUAGCCAGUCAGGUCUUCCUCCUGCUGACGGCGAGCCUCGCCGCCGCCUUACGAUAGACCAUCAUCACGUAGACGACAGUCUUCUUCGAAGCGAUGCGAUACCGAAGAAACCUGCAAGAAGAUCGAUCGUUUGAAGGGGAACAAACAAAGAAAAAAAAAACAAGAAAAGAAAGGAAACAGGACCUCUCUUUUUCAGCCCCCAAGUCCCAUCAUCCCAGCAAGCGAAA